UGCUUAUGUUGAGCUGAACGUGUUUGCCAAUGCCAUUGCUGGCAGCUGGUCGGCAGGUGCCGCACGGCGGAAGUAACGUUAGUCGAAUUAACGUCAACGGUUUUAAAAUGCAGCGCAGGCAAAUGUAGUCCCAGAGUAGCUAGAUGUCUGUGUAAUAUAAUUCUUAGAAUAUUUGUAUUUACUACAUAUUCCUUCCCAGAAAUAUUGGUCACAUAGUACUUUAUUUUGGAAGUCCAGUCACCGGAAGUCUUAUUUAUUGCUUAACUGUGGUGGUGUUACCCAUUCACAUCAGCUGUAGCUACGUUACUUGCAAGAGGAAGACUGACCUAAUUAACUGUACAGGGGACAACAACAACAACAACGACGAGACAUCACAGUGACCGAAGUGAAUGCCAUUUUUACUUGUAAUUCAGCUAGAAGAAACUGUGUGGGCCUUGGUACCAUUACAGAGAAAGCUCCACCAACCUGUCUGCCUAGAAGCUAAUACAGUGCUGACAAGUGUCUUAUUGACUGCUGCAACUGAGAGUGAGGAAGAGGAGGAGGAAGAAACAUCCAGAGAGAGAGCGGAUAUAAGGGGGUUUUUGGUCACAGAGAUCAUUGUUUUGCAGAAGCUUCUCAAGGGAAAAGUAGGUAUUGAAAUGUCGCUAAUGGCUGAGCUGUCAUCAGCCAAGGUGACUGAGUGCAGUAGUGCACUACUGCUGUGGCACACACUCAAAGUCACCACCAGCCUUUAGGCAUUUGGGAAGUAAAAAGGCAAAUCUAUAAUGUUGUAGAUAGAGGAGGAAAAACGUGACUGGAUCCCUCACAUUUUUUGUCUGGACUAUUUUUACCUGGAGCUGUUUUUCUUUACUCUGAUUUUGUGGCUGAUUUGGAGAGAAAACCAAGCGCAGAAGGACUAAUGACUUUGUGGAUUUGGGAUUUACUGAUCUGUUGAUUAUAGCACAGAAGGAAGCUGCUGGGACUCAAGCGUUCAUGUGCAGGAAUGCAGACUCACUAGUGGAUGCAGACCAUACAGUGUAUUGUGUGAGCAGCUGAGCCUUCGAAGGCCCCAGAGACGGCCAUGUUGGAUCUCUUCCUCAGAGUGCUGGUGUUGACCUGCCUUCACCCAUCACCUCACAGCACUUGGCUGCCAACCUAACUACUCGCUCUCUCUCUCUCUCGCUUUCUCUCUCUCUCUCUCCCUCUCUGUCUCCCUCCGCAUCUCUUUCGUCCACCGCCUGGCUGGGAGAAAGGUCCUCGGUCCUUGUGGAAAAUGUCUUGUGCACACCACAAGCUGCUCACCUGGAGCUUACCUCACCUCCUCCUACCGCUGACCUUCCUCUUGGUCUUGGCUUCUCCCACAGGUGUGUCAGCAAAUCUCUGCCGGGUGACCGGGGGGGUACUGGGGAUUCACUGGAGCAGCAUCGUUAGCAUGGGUUGGCACUCUCUGGCAAAAGGGAGAGGUGGGGCAACAUGUUGGGAGUCUUGCUGCUUGAUUCCCAGCUGCAACGCCGUGUGGAGCCUCGGCGGGCAAUGUGUGCUUCUCAGCUGCUCGCAGAAUAGGGGCUGCCCCAUCUCCACCCUGCCCCAGCCCCACCAGGAGUCCCUUGGCCUUCUUCAGCUUCUCUCAAAGAGUCCUGUCGUCACAGCAAGACGUAGAAGAGCUCGUCAGGCACAGCAUGCAGGAAGCCACACACCACACACAGGGCAACUUACCAGCCCAGAAAGUCCCAAACCGAAACCAGCUCGCCCAACUCCAACAGUACCCAGCACCAUCACACUUCUUCAAACAGCCCAAAAGAACCUUAGCCAGUUAGACAAUGGGAGUGCAGACAUUGCUCCUGCUCCAUCACAGCAGAACUCAACAGGCACCGUUAGUACUGCCGCGUCUUCCAAUAGCAGUGAUGUCAGCACACCCACAGCUGCAACUUUUACCAUCACAAUUCCAACAAAGGCUGUGAGGGAGCUGGUGGUGUCUGCAGGAGUGAGUGUGGAGGUCACGUUGCCCCGCAACGAGGUCGAGCUCAACGCCUUUGUGGUCCCACCGCCCCCACCAGAGACAACCUAUGCAUUUGACUGGCGUCUGAUAACUCAUCCCAAAGAUUACAGUGGGGAGAUGGAAGGGAAGCACAGCACAUCACUGAAACUCAGCAAGCUGACUGUGGGCCUGUAUGAGUUUGAGGUGACGGUGGACGGGGAGGGGGCUCAUGGAGAAGGUUACGUCAAUGUCACAGUCAAACCAGAGCCGCGGGUGAACAAGCAUCCUGUUGCUGUGGUUUCCCCAAAGUUCCAGGAGAUCUCCUUGCCGACCAGCUCUACAGUCAUAGAUGGCAGCCAGAGCACAGAUGAUGACAAGGUGGUGGCCUGGCACUGGGAAGAGGUUAAAGGUCCCCUGAGGGAGGAGAAGGUCUCUGCCGACACCCCUGUCCUCACCCUCACCAACCUGGUGCCUGGGAACUACACAUUUAAUUUGACAGUGACAGACUCAGAUGGAGCCACAAACUCAACACAGGCCACCCUCACUGUCAACAAAGCCAAGGACUAUCGGCCUGUGGCCAACGCCGGCCCUAACCAGGUCAUCCAGUUGCCACGCAACUCCAUCACUCUGUAUGGCAACCAAAGCACAGACGACCAUGAUUCCCUGUCCUAUGAGUGGUCCCUCAGCACCGAGAGUAAAGACAAGGUGGUGGAGAUGCAGGGCGUACGGACGCCGAUCUUACAGCUGUCUGCUAUGCAAGAGGGAGACUACACCUUUCAGCUGACAGUGACGGACUCAGCUGGCCAACAGGAAACGGCCCAGGUCACCGUCUUUGUGCAGCCAGAAAACAAUAAGCCACCUGUAGCAGAUGCAGGACCAGAGAAGGAACUGACGCUGCCUGUUGAUCGAACCACUCUGGAUGGCAGUAAGAGCAGUGAUGACCAGAAGAUAGCCACCUACCACUGGAAACAAACAAAGGGUCCUGAUGGUGUAAAGAUUGAAAAUGCAGAUGGUGCCGUUGCCACGGUGACAGGUCUUGAGGUUGGCACAUACGAGUUUACACUGACCGUAACUGAUGAUAGGAAUCUGCAGGAUAGCAAAACUGUCACGGUCAUCGUCAGAGAAGAACUGGACCAGCCUCCUGUGGCUCAUGUUGUGUCGAGUCCACCCAUCACUCUGCCUGUCAGAACCUGCAUGCUAGAUGGAUCUCACUCCACUGAUGACAAAGGUGGAGUCAGCUACCUGUGGACGAGAGAUGAUAGCAGCCCUGCUGCUGGGGAUGUACUGAAUAACUCUGACCACCAGCCGGUGCUGUUUCUGGGAAACCUGGUGGAGGGGAAGUACGGCUUCAUCCUGACUGUAACUGACAGUAAGGGACAGACCAGCACUGACAGAGGCACAGUGGAGGUCAAACCAGACAUAUGGGAGCGUGACCUGGUGGAGUUGGUGCUGGAGGUCUCUGUAUCCCAGGUCUCCCACCGUCAGCGUGACAUGCUGCUGCGCCAGGUUGGGGUUUUGCUCGGCGUACUCGACAGCGACAUCACUGUGCGAGAGAUCAGUGCGUUUAAUGAGCACAGUACUCGUUUGGUCAUCCUGGUGUCAGGCGGUCCAGGGCGCCCUCCUCUGUCAGGCCGCAGCGUUGCACUUAGCCUACGCAACAAACUGCGCAAACAGAAAAAUGACUUUCUCAUCUACAAGGCCCGACGAGUGGAUACAGUCAUCUGCCAGCUGAACUGCUCCAGUCACGGCGAUUGUGACUCAUACACCCGACGUUGUGUCUGCCACCCUUUCUGGAUGGAAAACUUCAUCAGAGCUCAACUUGGAGAUGCAGAGAGCAAUUGUGAGUGGAGCAUACUCUAUGUGACUAUAGCGUCAUUUAUGAUUGUAGUUGCUACAGCAACAGUUGUCUGGGGAGUGGUGUGUUGCUGCAAAAGGCGUAAGAGCAAAGCGCGUAGAAGCAAAAGCAGGUAUAAAAUGCUAGAAGCUGAUGAGCAAGACAGUCUGGAGCUCCAACCAGCCAGAGCUGCCCGCAUUAAGCCGGUGCCCGCUCCUACCUCCUCAGCCCUCAUGCACUCGGACUCUGAUCUGGACAGUGAUGAAGGGCAGGGUGGGGUCCCGUGGACAGAGCAGGAGCGCGGGCAUCUCCUGCGGCCCCAGAACGGCUCACUAAGGAAUGGGCAGGGGCCGGUAAGGAGCAAAAAGCAAAGAGAAGAGCUGCUAUAGCAAGAGAGGAGGGGGGAGCUCACUGCUGCCCUCACACACACACACACACACACACACACACACACACACACACACCUCCUCCGGCUGUCCCACCCUCUCUGUUCUUCACUUCCUGUUUCUCUUGUGUUGUUCUUCUUCGACACAGAAACCUAAAGGAAGGGAAAGAGAGAAAAAACAUGCUGGAAACAUGUUGUCCCACUGUCACAGAAAGAAACACCACUGUACUGACAUUUCCCUGCUCCCACACUGAGCCACUAUGGAGGGAAAACAAGCUGCCAUUUCACUGAGAAAUAGGGGUUAGCAAUGUGUUUUGAAUGGUGUAAAAAUAUAACAUAGACACCUAUUAUUUGACACAGAGACAUAAAGAAUGUUCUGUUACCCUUCUUACUGUUGGCACACGAAGUAGCCUGAAUAAUACUUGACUUUCUGGAUUAAAAAAACUCAAUGACAAACCAGCCCCUUGACACGCUCACACCUUGUAGACACGCAUGUAGGCACACAAAGACGUCAUAUUCACACAGUUCCAGGUCGACCUGAUGCUACCAAACUGCCAUGUAAAAACCAACAGUUAACUCUACUCUGAAGAUUUUUGUUCGUGAGUCCACAGUUGAGAUGGUGACUCGUUGGAAAGAAAAAACACGACCAAAACAAGAAUUAACAACAGCAAUGGACUCUCCUCCAAAUUAAAAAAAAAUGUGCAUGAAGAGUUCUGGUACAAUUUGAUACUGGAAUGAUCUCCUGCAUGUUUGUAUGUAGGGUGUAUGUUUGGAUUUUUUUUGGGCUGCUGUGUCAAAAGAUGUUUCCUCAGAGCCGUUUGUAUGUUUUUAUUUCUGUUAUUUACUUGUGAAAGAGUCCCAAUGUUGUCAGAGACAGAAGAUCCUUUUAAAAAGAAACUCCAUGCUUUUAUUCUAAAGGUUUUUCUGGAAAUAGUUGCUGGGACACAGUGGAAUACCCAAUGUGAAAGAGUUUAGUUGACGGAGAAGAUAACUAGGAGAAGUUCACAACACAAAAAAUGGGACCACUUCCUCCCUCGCUCAUUUCUUUUUUUUAUUUUUAUUUUUUAUAUAUAUAUAUACAAACAACCUUCAUGCUGUGAUUACAUGUCGAUGCACUUUGAUUUCAUUUUUCAUUUUGUCUCUUGUUGUUUGAAAAGGGAGCUCUUUAAAGGUUAAAGUUGGAAUGGUCCAGCCAUAAAAAAAAUGGACAUGACUACCUUCAAAAUGUAUACAAUUUUUUUUAUUUCUUUGAAUUUAAAAAUGUAAGAAAAUAUGAAUGCAGCUCAUGUCCAGAAACACCUCCAGUAACUGUAACAUACCUGUAGGCCUGAAAUGAAAAGGAUGGUAUAAGCUAAAUGUGUGGCAAACUGGGACACUUUUUAAUCCUUUGAGUUAAUUUUGCAGCAGUUUUAGGAAGCAGUAAUUAUCUGCUCGGCCCCUGUUAGGAUGAGCAUUUUUAUCCCAGCUUUCCUUUUGACAAAUAUGCAAUUUGUUAAAUUUAGGGAUUAUUAAAGUAACACAAGAAACGCAAGGAAAUCUGCAUGACAAAAUUAGACAUUAUAACAGGGAUCACUGAACUUCCAUUAGGGACGAAAGUAAGUUGUGUCAAGAAUGACCUGAAACUGUUUAAAAACAAAUGUCUUCCCACAAAUGAGAUAAGCGAAAGGAGGUUAAUCUAAAGGGAUGUUUGCCAUAAAUACAACAUGCACAAGACAAAAAGGAAGGCUGUAAGAACACAGAUCUUUCCAUCUUUUCUUCUGUAACUUUGUGGUAGUGACAGCUCUUUCUGCACGGAUUGAAAACUUUAACCAAAUGACUUCUAACAUGCAUGUGUGAAACUGGCCUGUAAGUUCACAUAUUGAGUCACUCUUUCUUUUUUUCUUACUGUUGAAUGUUAAAAGGGGUAUGCCAUUGAUUCACUUCAACUUGUUCUCUGUGAAAUAAGCAAUCAUUUAAAUAUAAAUUGCAAAAAAAGUGUCUAAUUUGUACCGCUCAUGCUAAUGUGACUUCUGCUGCACUAUUUUGAUCUUACACAUCAGGGCAUGGCGGAGAUAUUUAAAAAUUGGAUUUCAUUCAGAUUUGCUGAAUUUAUCUGGCCUUCUUUUGCAAUCUUGUCUGAGGUGAACUAAAAUCAAAGUGCACCCAAGUGCCAACUCUGUGAAAUGUUAUUUGAAGUUAACGACAUAUUCCCAUGUUUUUUGCACAUCAUAGGUUAUGGCUUUUGGAGUAAUUGCCAAUAUUUUACAUUGAUUCACUCUCAUUUCAAGGAUAAUUCUACACCUAUUUGACAACACACAAUUUCUUGCAUUCAUGCAGCAUUUAUUGUUACACGUAAUACAUUUUCUAGUCACUUUUGAGAUUUAUAGAAGAAAGGGAAUUGACCUCGACUCAGACAGGGUCCACCAUGAAGGCUGACAGAGAAAAUGGGGAGAAACUUUUAAAUGAAGGGAGUUUAAUUUAAGAUGUUUUAGAUAACAUUUUAGUGAAGGAUCACCCCCUUCUUCUUUCCUUCUGUGUGACCAGACCUGAUGCAACUGGAUUGUAAAAUAAAAAUAAAUGUUAGUUUGUUCUUGA